AAUCCAGCCCAAAUUAAAUACAUGUAGCACCAGCAAGAUAAGACAGGGUCCAAACUCUGCUUACGGAGAAGAACAGGUGGCAACCUUCAUCAUGGAGUUAGCUGGUGCAGUCACCUUCUUCCUUGUCAUCUAUGUCUUUUGCCUUGCCAUCAUAACUGCAAAGAGGAAACUCUCACAGAAGGGAAGGCUUCCUCCAGGUCCCAUUCCUCUUCCUCUGAUUGGAAAUUUCCUGCAGAUCAAGUCAUCGGAAACCUUAAAAUCUCUUGUGAAGCUGAGUGAAAAAUAUGGCCCUGUGUUCACCGUCUAUUUUGGAAUGCGACCGGCUGUGAUCUUGUGUGGACAUGAUGCUGUCAAGGAGGCCCUGAUAGACAAGGCUGAAGAAUUCAGUGGAAGGAAAACUAAUCCUACCCUGGAAAGGACAUUCCAUGGAUAUGGGGAAGCAUUUUCCAAUGGAGACCGCUGGAAGCAACUGCGUCGGUUCUCCCUCACCAUCCUGAGGAAUUUUGGAAUGGGAAAAAGAACCAUAGAAGAGCGAAUCAAAGAGGAAGCCCAGUUCCUGCUGGAAGAAUUUAGGAAGACUAAGGAGAAGCCGUUUGAUCCCACCUACUUCCUCAGCCGCGCUGUCUCCAAUGUUAUUUGUUCCAUCGUUUUUGGGGACCGUUUUGACUAUGCAGACAAGGAUUUCCAGGCCCUCAUGGAGAUGAUGAACAACAGCUUCCGGGAAAUGAGCACCGCCUGGGCCCAGUUCUAUGACAUCUAUGACAGCUACCUGAAGUACUUCCCAGGACCUCACACCAAGAUUGAUGACAUCCUAGAAGACAUGAGGCUCUUCAUUGCCAAGAGAGUGAAGAAGAACCAAGAGACUCUUGACUCCAAUGUCCCACGGGACUUUAUAGACUGUUUUCUCAUCCAGAUGGAAAAGGAAAAAGACAACCCCUCGAGUGAAUUUAACAUCAAAAACUUGGAGCUCACCACACUUAACCUGUUCUUUGCUGGGACCGAGACAGUCAGCUCCACCCUGAGAUAUGGCUUUCUGUUUCUCAUGAAAUAUCCUGAAGUGCAAGCCAAAAUGCAUGAGGAAAUUGACAGAGUGAUUGGACGGAACCGUGCCCCAAACAUUGAAGACCGGAGCCAGAUGCCGUAUAUGGAUGCCGUCAUCCACGAAGUGCAGAGAAUCAGCGACCUUAUCCCCAUGAAUCUGGGCCACAUGGUUACCCGUGACACUGAAUUCAGAGGCUACGUUCUCCCUAAGGGAACAGAGGUCUACCCGCUGCUUAGCACUGUUCUGCAUGACCCCACAAAGUUUAAAACACCCAAUGUUUUCAACCCGGAGAACUUCCUAGAUGAGAAUGGACACUUUAAGAAGAACGAUGCCUUUGUGCCAUUCUCCUCAGGGAAGCGGAUCUGUCUGGGUGAAACCUUGGCCCGGAUGGAGCUUUUCCUCUUCUUCACUACCAUCCUGCAGAGCUUCCGGUUGAAACCCUGCAUACCCCCGGAGAACAUUGACACAACUCCGCAGGAGAGUGGCUUUGCCAACAUCCCACCCUUCUACCAACUCUCCAUCAUCCCACGCUGAGUCAAAGAGGGAGAGAGAGAGAGAAAGACCAAACCCAGAAGGCUCUUUUCUCUCUGGCCAUGCGGCUCUUGCAUAGGCUUGAUUCCCAAGCUGCAUAGGAUGUAAGCUGUCCUCUCAUUUUCUCUAUUGGGUCUAGCAAAGAUUUUUUCCCUUCUUGAUAUGGCUUCUGCCAUUUCAUGCGAGAUUAGGCUUGUUGGGCUAGGAUGCAUUUGGAUGCCCAGAUAGGAAGCAGGGAGAGUUGUCAACUUUUUUUUAUUAUCCUAUUUCUAAUCCAUUGCCAUAUUUCCUAUGCCCUCUUUCACCCGAAGACUUUAAUGCCACUUGGAUUUUAGAUAUGUAUUUCCAACUAUAUCAUAGGUAGAGAUCAUGCAGGGGUCCAAAUUUUGUUUGGCACCAUCUCCCUGAAGUUCCAGCCAGCAGAGCCUGUGCAGUGCAACAAUAAUAUAUCUAUCUCUGCAUCAUUUAUAUAAAGAUGUGAUUGAGGUUGCCUUGGAUUUAUAAACUUUUUAAAAUAACAUA